UUGAAAGCCGCACACAAAAAUGGGAAACAACCUGCUCUUCUCUUCCUCUCUCUGCCACUGCUUCUUCUUCUUCUUCUUCUUCACCAUUGUAUCCAUUCAUCCAGUUUCAGCCGCUUCUUCAUGUCCCGUAGAUCUCAGCUACGUCCAAACUGUGCCGUGGGACACAUCGCUGUGUCGCCAACCUGAUGGAUUAGAGCAUUGCUGCCAGACUCUUCUCAGUCUCUUUGGCAUGGGACUUGCCCAACACUUAAGAGAGACCUCCAUGUUUCAAUUUCCUAAUUCAAAUGCUUCAUCUGCUUGUUUAUCUGAUUUUCAAGCCAAACUUGCCACCUUGUCGAUAGACCCAUCAUUAGUCCCUUCUUGCUUCAAGGACUCGAGUCAAUUUGUUAGCAGCACUUCUAGUUGUGUUGGAAUCGUUACUACACAGGAUUGGAUUGAGAAGGUUGGUCCAAUGACCCCAUUAAACACGGCUUGCAGAGGCGAUUUUUCAGAACUAACGAGGUGCAGCUCAUGUCUUGAUGCAGGGCAGAAGAUAAAUUCUCGGUUAACGAGUCUAGACCCAAAUGCCACCGCCACCUCCAAGUGCUUCUACUAUACUUGUUUAUAUGCUGCUGGGAUUGUGAGCGAGCUUGGUCCCCUGGAUGCCAAAACAGCUGCCUGCACCCUAGCCUUGCCAUUGGCUAACUCAGGUACUAAAAAGCCAGCCAAGAGCAAAGAUAAGUUACUCAAGCUCGUAUUUGGGCUAUUGGGCUCUCUGAUUGGUGUCUUGCUUGCUUUUGGACUGAUCACCAUGUAUAGAAAAUGGGACAGGAAGAGGAAGGUCAGUGCUUCACAUGAAAGAUUUGUCAGCAGUUUCAAGGCCAGCAUGCUGCCUAACUCUGGUGCAAAAUGGUUUCAUUUAUCAGAACUUGAGCGAGCCACACAAGGGUUCUCUCAAAGGAAUUUCAUCGGCCAAGGAGCUUAUGGGGUUGUGUACAAAGGAACUCUAGCUGAUGGCACCUUGGUUGCAGUGAAACAAAUGCAUGAUUUGGAUUCACAGGGUGAUGAAGACUUCUCCAAUGAGGUUGAGAUCAUAAGCAAAAUAAGGCACAGGAAUCUUCUCUCUCUGCGAGGAUGCUGUGUUACAAGUGAUAACUCGAAAGGUAAAAGGAGAUACAUUGUUUAUGAUUUCAUGUCUAAUGGUAGCCUCGGUGACCAUUUAUCCAAUGACCAUAGCAGGAAGCAAUUAACUUGGCCUCAGCGUAAGAAUAUCAUUCUGGACGUGGCCAAAGGACUUGCUUACUUGCAUUAUGGUAUCAAACCUGCCAUUUAUCACCGUGACAUUAAGGCCACUAACAUACUCUUGGACUUGGAAAUGAAAGCAAAAGUUGCAGAUUUUGGGUUAGCUAAGCAAAGUUUAGAUGGCCAGUCUCAUCUCACCACAAGAGUAGCCGGCACACACGGUUACUUGGCACCUGAAUAUGCUCUAUAUGGGCAACUGACGGAGAAAAGUGAUGUUUACAGUUUUGGAAUUGUGAUUCUUGAAAUCAUGAGCGGCAGGAAGGUGAUUGAUACAUCAAACUCAUCAUUCCUUUUGAUUACAGAUUGGGCAUGGACGCUAGCGAAAUCAGGGAAGUUUCAGGAAAUUCUCGAUGAGUCAAUAAGGGAUCAGGGACCAAAAGGGGUAAUGGAGAGAUUUGUUCUUGUUGGAAUUCUCUGUGCUCACGUGAUGGUAGCUUUCAGACCUACCAUUGCUGAUGCUCUAAGAAUGUUAGAGGGCGACAUUGACAUCCCCAGAUUACCAGAAAGGCCAUUGCCACUCGGUCACGAGUCAUUCAGACCUUUAUGGAAGGAAAGUUCGUAUACAACCGAGAGAUCAAGAACCAGCAGCUCAAGCAGGAGAUUAAUGUAGAUUUUCCUACAUUGGUUAGGUCAGCAAGGACAUUGUUUUUUAAUCCCCGCCAACCUUGGAAUUUUCAACUCAGGCCCUUCAAAUGUGGCUGCUCUUUUGCAUCUUGGAAUACCUUAUCAUUCUACUUAAUUUUACAUCACUGCAAAUGUAAUUAAAACAUUUCUUUUUUCUAUAUCAAAACAGAAUGUGGUUUCAUUUA